AUGUCGAGUGUUGUCGGUCUUGAUAUCGGUAACAUUAGUAGUAAAAUCGGCGUUGCGCGUGCGCGUGGCGUUGACAUUGUGUCCAACGAAGUAAGCAACCGUGCUACUCCGUCGCUGGUCUCGUUUGGUCAGAAGGCUCGUGCUCUGGGAGAGGGUGCUGCCACUGCGCAAACGUCCAACUUUAAGAAUACAGUGGGCUCUCUCAAGCGCCUCAUCGGUCGCACAUUCCAAGACCCAUCUAUCCAGCAGUACGAGAAGCCGUUCGUCAAUGCAGAACUAGUGGAUGCCAAGGGCGAGGUGGGUGUUAAGGUCCGCUUCUUGGGUGAGGAGCGUAUCUUCUCGGCCACUCAGCUUCUUGGCAUGUACUUGGGUAAGCUGCGCGACACCACGCAACGUGAGCUUGGUGGCUCGGGUGUCAGUGACGUUGUUCUAUCCGUGCCGAUCUGGUUCACGGAUAACCAGCGCCGUGCCAUGCUUAACGCCGCUGAGAUUGCCAAUCUCAACCCUCUGCGCGUCAUGAACGAACCGACUGCCGUGGCCCUUGGCUAUGGUAUCACAAAGACUGACCUGCCUGAACCUGAGAACCCUCGUAACGUGAUCUUCGUCGAUGUCGGUCACUCGAGCUACCAGGUGUCGGUCGUGGCCUUCUGCAAGGGCCAGCUGACUGUGUUGGGUGCCUGGUCGGACCCUAACUUUGGUGGUCGCAACUUCGACCGUGCUCUUAUGGAACACUUUGCCGAGGAGUUCAAGGGCAAGUACAAGAUUGACGUGUUCUCAAACCCCAAGUCCACGUUCCGCCUUGCCGCCGGCUGUGAGCGUCUCAAGAAGGUCCUUUCUGCCAACACCUUUGCCCAGCUCAAUGUGGAAAGUCUGAUGAAUGACAUUGAUGCUGCCUCGCAGCUCAAGCGUGAAGAGUUCGAGAGCAUGAUUGCCCCCUACCUCGAUCGCAUCCAUGUGCCUCUGGACCGCGCCCUUGAGCAGUCUGGCCUCUCGAAGGACGAGAUCUUUAGUGUUGAACUGGUGGGUGGCAGUUCGCGUGUGCCUGCUAUCAAGGAGCGCAUUACGCAGUGGUUCGGUCGCUCGCUUUCGUUCACGCUUAACCAGGACGAGGCUAUUGUGCGUGGUUGCACGCUUGCUUGCGCCACGCUCUCGCCCGUGUUCCGUGUGCGUGAGUUCUCUGUGCACGAUAUCUCGUCCUACCCGAUCAAGGUUUCGUGGGAACCCGCGCCUGAUGUUCCAGACGAAGAGAACGAGCUGGUCGUGUUUGGCACGAACAACCCUGUGCCAUCAACCAAGAUUCUUACAUUCUACCGCAAGGAACCCUUCACCCUUGAUGCUUCGUACGCUGAAACCGAGACGCUGCCAGUGGGAACGAACCCUUGGCUGGGUCGUGUGACAAUCAAGAAUGUCGCUCCAAAUGCCCAGGGUGAGCACUCUAUCGUUAAGGUCAAGGCUCGUCUCAACCUCCACGGUGUGCUCAAUGUCGAAAGCGCCUACACGGUGGAUGAGAUUGAGAAAGAAGAAGAAGUGCCCGUGGUCGACCCUGCGGCGCCUGAAGGCUCAGAACCGAAGUUGGAAAAACGUCUUGUUAAGAAGCUGCAGCGCAAGGAUGACCUUCCGAUCGUAUCAGGCAUUGGUCUGCACGAUGAUUCGAUGAUUGCCGCUCUCAAGGAAGAAGAGGGCAAGUUGUACGCUGCUGACAAGCUCGUGGCCGACACGGAAGACCGCAAGAAUGCUCUCGAAGAGUAUGUCUACGACACUCGCUCGAAGCUCGAGGAGCGUUACGCGCAGUUUGUUCAGGCUGAAGAGAAGGAUAAGCUCAUGACGAUGCUUGCUGAGUCGGAGGAUUGGCUCUAUUCGGAGGAGGGUGAGGAUGCGUCGAAGUCGGCGUAUGUCUCUCGUCUCGAGACCCUCCAGAAUGUCGGUGCUCCUAUCCAUUUCCGCUGGAAGGAGAAUGAAGAGCGCCCUCGUGCUGCUUCUCAGCUGCGCGAGGUCGUUAACAACUACAUGAGCGUGUUCGAAAAUGAGCCUGAAAAGUACGACCAUCUUUCGGACGAAGACAAGACCAAGGUCAUCGAAAAGGCCGCUACAGUUGGCAAGUGGCUUGACGACUACAUGUACAAGCAGAGCGAGAUGCCUAAGAACGUUGACCCCAAGUUGACCACUGAGCAGAUCCUUAAGAACAAGGACGAAGUUAUCUAUGUCUGCACGCCAAUUCUCACCAAACCAAAGCCGCGUGUGGCUACCGAGGCCCCUAAUACUGAGGGUGAAGGUCAAGCGCCUCAGUCUGAAGAGAACCAACAGCAGAAACAACAAGGCGACAUGGAUGUCGACUAA